AUGAGGUUGAUCAGUGACUGCUCUCUGAUCAUUAACAACAUCACUGCUGAAGAUGCUGGUUAUUACAUCACUGGGAUUAGAAAUACUGUUUCUUACUCCUACACAUCUGUGUAUCUGAGUGUUUUAAGAGUCUCUCCAUCUCCACCACAUGUGGAUCCAGGAAGGGAUGGAGAUGUGACAUUACACUGUUCUCUGAUGAGAUACAGUGGUUUGGGUCCCUGUGAGCAGAACAGCAUCAUCUGGGUGGAUGAGAGAGGAAGUGUGCUGCUUGGUGAAGGUGAUGGGUUUGUGUCUGGAGGACAGAACAACUGUGUUUCUGAUCUGAUGGUGAAACAUCAGAGACGCUCCAAGAGAAGAUUCACCUGCCAGGUUGUUGAAGGAGACAGAGUGGAGAUAGAUGCUGAAUACACGCUGGACUUUACAGCAGGAACCGGUGUGAGAACAAUCAUUCUCUACCACAGGGUUGGAGAUGACGUAGCUUUGCAGAAUAACGUUGACUUAUCGUCUUCCAACUGCUCCGAUGUUGAGUGGAUUUACAGCAGAGACACAAGUUCAGCGUCUCAUGAGGAGUUUGGUUCUGGAGCUGGCAGGAUGGACAGGAACUGCUCCCUGGUCAUCACCAACAUCACCGAUGGAGACGCUGGUCUCUACGAGAGCCGGCUGAGGGACAAGUACAACACCGUUGUGUAUCUCAGUGUUUUAACAAUCUCUCCAUCUCCACCGGAUGUGGAUCCAGGAAAUGAUGGUGAUGUGACAUUACACUGUUCUCUGGUGAGAGACCGUUAUUUCGGUCCCUGUGAGCAGAACAGCAUCAUCUGGGUGGAUGAGACAGGAAGUGUGCUGCUUGGUGAAGGUGAUGGGUUUGUGUCUGGAGGACAGAACAACUGUGUUUCUGAUCUGAUGGUGAAACAUCAGAGAGGCUCCAAGAGAAGAUUCACCUGCCAGGUUGUUGAAGGAGACAGAGUGGAGAUAGAUGCUGAAUACAUGCUGGACUUUACAGAUUCCAGUUUGACCAAUACCAGAUUGAUUAUUGGAUGGGUGGUCAGGGGGCUGAUGGUGGUUCUGGUCAUCAUCGCUACGCUUUUCGUCCUUUACAGGAUAAAAGUUAAAAGGAACAAUCCAAAUAAUCAACCAGAUGUUCAGUUGACAAUGUAUCAGUAUAUGAACAGGGAAGAAGAUGAUGGUGGUGUGGUGAACUAUGAAAACGAUGUAGACCUGCCUGCUUCUGUCCGAUCCACAGAUCAAUAAAUCAGCUGUGUGUGAUGGAAACAUUAGCCUUAUCCAGGGUACAGAGCAGCAGACGGAUGUUUUGUCUCUGAAAGCUCAGCUCUGUUUAUGAGAAUCCUAGUGUUUAGUCUUCAUCAUUUUGUGAUCUUCAAAAAUACUAUGCAACCUUUACUCAAUAUCACUCCUCCAUCGAGGCGCCUGAUGUAUGUUUGACCCACUU